GGCCGAGCCGGGAGCCAUGGCCGAGACGCAGGAGCUGCUGCUGCAGCUGCAGAAGGACAACCGCGACGGCCGCCUGCGGAAGCAGGAGCUGGAGGAGCUGGUGCGCGGGCUCGAGGCCGAGAGCGAGAGCCUCACCGGGCGCCUGCACGACCUGCGCGAGCGCGAGCGCAGCCUGCAGCGGAGGCGGGGCCAGGCAGCGCGGGCUCUGCGCGGGGAGGCGUGCGCGGCGGCGCAGGAGCGCGCGGAGCGGGCGCGCGGACUGCUGGAGGCGGCGGAGCGGCACAAGCUGGACCUGGAGCGGCACAACCGGCAGCUGCAGGAGCAGUGGGAGGAGCUGUCGAGUCAGCUCUUCUACUACGGAGGGGAACAGCCGAGUCAGCAGAGCGCGGAGCAGCAACUCGGGACGCAGCUGCAGGCGCUGCAGAAACAGCUGGAGCUGGUGGAGGCCAAGUGCGCCCUACUGACCGAGAGCCUGCGGCAGGGCAAGCAGCGGACCGAGGAGGCCUGGGCCAGCUUUCAGGAGCAGAGCGGAGUCCUGCAGGAGCUGCAGGAGAAGGUGAUGGAGGCGGCGGCUGCGCUGGAUGCCUCGCGGGGCGGCCCGGAAUCGUGUGACUCGCGGCCUCGCCCGGUGCAGGGCUGCGCGGGCUCGCUCAUGGAGGAGGUGGCCAGGGCGGACUGUGAGAAGCGGCUGUUCGGCGGCGCGGGCGCCAGGGGCUUCAGGCUGUGGGCGCGGGGCGCGCUGCGGACGCUGCUGCUGCUCCCGCUCGGCUUCCUGGCGCUGGCGCUGCUCUCCGUGCUGCUGCGGCGCCCCGACGCCCUCCGCCGGGAGCUCGAGCGCCUGGGCUCGGACGCCGCGCUCCGCCGCCUGCGCUACACGCUGUCCCCGCUGCUCGAGCUGCGCGCGCGCGGGCUGCUGCCCGCCUGAGCAUCACGCCGGCCGCGGCCGUCCGCACUCUGGCUCAGUGUGGUUUCUGCGCGCCGGGGGCAGCGGAGGGGAGAGGCCGGGUGGGCUCGCGUGCCCCUCGGGCGCCACGCUUGGGGGUCCUUGGGAGCCGGCCCCGGGGCCCCGGCGCUCCUGCCCAGCGGCUGCGCCGGGGCUGGUUGGCGUCCCGUUGCUGAACUUGCCUUUCCCGGCGGGGGAGCCUGAGCCUUGGGCGGGGGGCGUCGGCCGGGCGGGUUUCCUCCGUGGGAGUCUGUGACCCCUGUGGCCCCGCAGCGUCCUGAGCUCCACCUGGGUGGGUCCCUGUCCCGACGCAGGCUGCGCACGCUCCUCCCUCUGGUCCGCUUCGCUCUCUGUGCGGCUGGGCGCAGAUGCUGGCAUUGGGCAUUUUAUUUAUGUGAAAAGUUCUGCUUCGUGGAAAUGAAUCUUGGGUUUCAUUUUCUCUGCUACAAAUACUGCUUUACUGAUUCUUUGGGUAGUGAAAUUGUUGGGUGUAUUUCCUCGUGCACAUAUACAUGGGAUUGCUAUGGCCUUGAAACAAUUGUUUUCUUACUGAUUUGCAGGCGUUCUUUAGUUUUUUU